CGGUCCCCUGACGAUGAUGACGAUGAUGAUGCAUGGAAUGUUCACCUGCCACCUAUAGCUUUGCCCUCCACAUCCCAGGGUUUGACAGAAAAACAAAAAAAACUAAUGCGAUACCGAAGAGUCAAGGAACAGCAGAAGAUGCUUAAUCAGAUCAUAGUUAAAGAGGCCAAAAGAGAGUAUGAAGACGCCACAGAUGAAUUUGUUAGAAGAGAACCCCAGCCUCCUAUUCCACAAUUGCCUUUAACUAUGAACAGUGAGCAGAAACAAAUAAGAAACAACUAUCUCUUUUUGAAGAAGUGUGUUGAAAGUAAUCCAGUGGUACCUAUUCAGCAAGAGUGGUUAGCGUCCAUGCUCACUUUGGUACCUGGUAAUCUAAUGGAAGGCAAGGGCAGAAUGAAAUUGGUGGAAGAGCUCUUAGCUGAGAUAACAAAUGAUUAUGAAAUGAGCAUGAAGAGAUACAUGGUGCGAAGUGUUCUUGUCAAACCAAGUGUAAAAUUGCUUGAAUAUGAGAAGGAGGAACCUUUGCCGGUUGAACCUGUAGGAUUAGACUUUUCCAGACCCUGGCAUAAAAGCUUUCUACAAGCAAGAAAACAGAUAUUUGCAAAUCUACAUAUUCUGCACCCAACUCUAAGAAUUUUACUGGAUAUUGGUUAUAAAACCUUUUCAAAGUUACUUGUAGUAGAUGUGUCAAAUUUCAGGUCGAGGGGCCCAACUGAGUAUGAAUCUCUUCAGAAUGAUGUGUCUAUAAACUGCUUAAAAACUGAAGAAAAGUUACUAAACACAUGGUACCCAAGGGUUAUCAAUCUCUUCACUAGAAAAGAAGCACUGGAGGGUAUAAAGCCCGACAAAAUUGAUAGUUUCUAUAAUUGUGUGUCUACACUUAUGUCUAAUCAGAUAAAGGAAUUAUUGAAAAGAACGGUUGAGGCGUAUGUGGAACUAUUUGAUCUUGAAGACCAAAGACGUCUGCCUUUGUUUAAGAUGGAGCUAACUUUUGAUGAUGAGAAAAUGGACUUCUAUCCAUCCUUUCAAGAUCUGGAAGAUGCCAUUUUGUUUAUAGUUCUUUUGAUUUCACAGACUCUGCAGAAUGUCCAGGCAGUACAUUCCUGGCUAGCUGGUGGGACCACAGUUGCAACUAUUGACACAGAACUUCCUGAGCAUGUUAUAGCAUGGGCAAACUCUAUACUGAGGGAAGCAGUUAAUGAAAACUUGAAAGGACCAAAAGCACACUUGGAUUAUUAUUUAGAAAAGUAUGGCUGGCUAGUAGAUGGUACUGCAGAUGAUCGAAUAAGAGAAUUUGUAACUGACGAGCAUAGUUUUGAUGACUAUACAGAGUUUAUAGAUGACUUUUUCAGUCUUGCAAAGGAAAUAAUGAGCUUGCCAAUGAUUGCUCAUUUCCCUAUGGUGCGAUUAGACUGUGAAGAUUUGAAGCAAGGUUUGAGUGACAAGGCAAAGAGCUUUGCAAAUAAAUUAUUGUACAUAAUAGCAGAAAAUCACAAAACGGAAAAUAAAAUGAUAUGCAAGGAAUUUGAGACCAUCAAAGAACGUGCAUUAAAACCUCCCGAGACAACAGAAGAAAUGAUGGAAAGCAUAUUAUAUAUAGACAAGGCUAAAACCGUAGGAAUCCAAAGUUUAUAUGAAAGGAUCAAGGAAAGUCAACGGCGAAUGAACUACCUCCUAGAUGUUUUUAACUUUGACCCAGAAGGCUUGUCACUGAAUGCCACUGUCCUACUAUGGCCUCAGAAUAUUAAUCCCGUCUUUGAUGAAAAUGAUGAACUUAUUGAAAGGUCUAAACGUAAAGGUGAAAGUGACUUAUUGGCCAAACGUGAGAAACUGAUACUGGAAAUAGAUAGGCAAACUCGUCGUAUGCAUGAGUUUACAGAAUACCAGGAUUUGGAUCGCAUGCAACAGUAUGUGACUGACAUGAGAACAAUGCAGAAACGCAUUCAAGAUGCUGAAGAAACAGUUGCCUUCAUUAACAAGGAAGAAAAGCUUUUUAAUUGGGAGCAGACUGAAUACCCAGAUUUGGAGACCUUAAAAGUUAACACUGAGCCCUACCAAAAACUUUUUGCUUUCAUAUUGAAAUGGCAGCGGACUGAAAAAAGAUGGAUGGAUGGUGCUUUUUUAGAUCUCAAUGGUGAAAGUAUGGAAACGGAGGUAGAUGAGUUUUUUCGAGAAAUUUAUAAGACAGUAAGGUUCUUUCAACAAAAGCUAAAGAAAGCUGAACUAGAGAGAAAAAAGUCACUGCAGCGCAGAGCAGUGGUAGAAGAGAGGGUGGAAGAAGAAAAGAAGGACAGCCCAACUAUUUCAAUGUGUAAUGCAGUAAUGGAGCAAGUUAAAGAUUUUAAGGAAAAUAUCCCUUUGGUGACUAUCCUUUGUAACCCAGGCAUAAGGGCUCGUCACUGGAAACAGAUGUCAGAAAUUGUUGGCUAUGAUUUAACUCCAGAUUCUGGAACUACCCUAAGAAAGGUUUUAAAGCAGAACUUGACCCCUUUCCUAGAGAAAUUUGAAACUAUAAGUAUGGGAGCGAGCAAGGAAUUCUCAUUAGAGAAAGCAAUGCACACUAUGAUGGAUACCUGGGAUUCAAUUUCCUUCCAAAUAAGCUUAUACCGUGAGACUGGUGUUAAUAUUCUGUGCGCAGUCGAUGAAAUUCAGACUAUUCUGGAUGACCAGAUUAUAAAAACCCAGACAAUGAGGGGAUCACCCUUCAUAAAGCCUUUUGAAAAACAAAUGAAGGAAUGGGAAGAUCGCUUGAUUAGGAUUCAAGAGACUAUUGAUGAGUGGUUGAAAGUACAAGCUCAGUGGCUUUACUUAGAACCAAUAUUUUCUUCAGAGGACAUAAUGCAACAGAUGCCAGAGGAGGGACGUCAGUUCCAGACGGUGGAUAGAUACUGGAAAGACAUUAUGAAAUACUGUGCCAAAGACCCCAAGGUUCUUGCUGCUACUUCAUUGACAGGCUUAUUGGAAAAGCUUCAGAAUUGUAAUGAACUUCUGGACAAAAUAAUGAGAGGACUGAAUGCAUAUCUUGAGAAAAAGCGUCUCUUUUUCCCUCGCUUUUUCUUCUUGUCUAAUGAUGAAAUGUUGGAGAUCCUGUCAGAGACUAAAGACCCUCUCAGAGUCCAGCCUCACUUGAAAAAGUGUUUUGAGGGCAUUGCUAAACUGGAAUUUCUUUACAACCUGGACAUUAAGUCAAUGUUCAGCACUGAAGGUGAACGGGUGGAGUUUAUUUCAACAAUCUCAACUUCUGAAGCUCGAGGUGCUGUGGAGAAGUGGCUAAUACAAGUGGAAGAUAUUAUGCUGAGAAGUAUACAUGAUGUCAUUACAAGAUCAAGACUGGCAUAUCCAGAAACAGAAAGAAAAGAUUGGGUGAGAGAAUGGCCUGGUCAAGUAGUUAUUUGUGUCUCACAAAUGUUCUGGACAAGUGAAGUACACGAAGCCAUAGCUAGUGGCCCAGAGGGCUUAAAGAAUUAUUACGCUAACCUUCAGUUACAGUUAAAUGAUAUUGUGGAGCUGGUAAGAGGGAAGUUGUCUAAACAAACAAGGACCACACUGGGUGCUUUGGUUACUAUUGAUGUACACGCUAGAGAUGUCGUCAUGGAAAUGAUUGAAAGUGGCGUGUUGCAUGAAACAGAUUUUCAGUGGCUUGCUCAGUUACGGUAUUACUGGGAGUAUGAGAACGUCCGGGUGCGCAUCAUCAAUUGCAAUGUAAAAUAUGCAUAUGAAUACCUUGGCAACUCUCCUCGACUUGUCAUCACUCCUCUUACAGACAGAUGUUACCGCACUCUGAUUGGAGCAUUUUAUUUAAAUCUUGGUGGUGCUCCGGAGGGCCCAGCUGGGACAGGUAAAACAGAGACCACCAAAGAUUUGGCUAAAGCUCUUGCCGUGCAAUGUGUUGUCUUCAACUGUUCUGAUGGCCUUGAUUACCUAGCCAUGGGGAAGUUUUUCAAGGGGUUGGCUUCUUCAGGUGCUUGGGCCUGCUUUGAUGAAUUCAAUCGCAUUGAGUUGGAAGUCCUGUCUGUAGUAGCUCAGCAGAUCCUUUGCAUCCAGAGGGCUAUACAGCUGAAGCUGGAGACGUUUAAUUUUGAAGGCACUGAACUGAAGCUGAACCCCAACUGUUUUGUUGCUAUUACUAUGAAUCCAGGUUAUGCAGGGCGCUCUGAACUGCCAGACAAUCUCAAGGUCCUCUUCCGAACUGUUGCCAUGAUGGUUCCUAACUAUGCUCUCAUUGCUGAAAUCUCUCUCUAUUCAUAUGGGUUUCUGAAUGCUAAACCUUUAUCAGUGAAAAUAGUAAUGACCUACAGAUUGUGCUCAGAACAGCUUUCAUCUCAGUUCCAUUAUGACUAUGGUAUGCGUGCAGUCAAAGCAGUGCUGAUAGCUGCUGGCAAUCUAAAACUGAAAUUUCCUUUUGAAAAUGAAGAUAUACUGCUCCUUCGAUCAAUCAAAGAUGUAAAUGAACCUAAGUUUUUGUCACAUGACAUACCUCUGUUUAUGGGCAUUACAAGUGAUUUAUUCCCUGGUAUUAAGCUUCCUGAAGCUGACUACAAUGAUUUUCUGGAAUGUGCAAAUGAAUGCUGUAAAGCACACAAUGUUCAGCCUGUUAAAGUUUUUCUAGAAAAGAUGAUACAGACCUAUGAAAUGAUGAUAGUUAGACAUGGUUUUAUGCUUGUAGGUGAGCCUUUUGCUGGGAAGACCAAAGUUUUGCAUGUGUUGGCAGAUACACUUUCCCUUAUGAAUGAACGUGGGUAUGGGGAUGAAGAAAGGGUAGUUCACAGAACUGUGAAUCCAAAAGCUAUUACUAUGGGACAACUUUUUGGAAGAUUUGACCCAGUAUCUCAUGAGUGGACAGAUGGCAUAGUUGCCAACACUUUUCGAGAAUUUGCUUUAACUGAGACACCUGAUCGAAAAUGGGUUGUUUUUGAUGGUCCUAUUGAUACCCUCUGGAUAGAGAGCAUGAACACUGUGUUGGAUGACAACAAAAAGCUUUGUUUGAUGAGUGGAGAAAUCAUUCAAAUGUCCCCUCAGAUGAGCCUCAUUUUUGAAGCUAUGGAUCUGUCUCAGGCUUCGCCUGCUACAGUCAGUCGUUGUGGAAUGAUUUAUUUGGAGCCUUUACAGCUGGGCUGGUUGCCACUUGUAACAUCUUGGUUGAGUACACUUCCUGAACCUCUGGACCAAAAGGAGUAUCAAGAACUUUUUGAAGAUCUCUUUAAUUGGAUAGUACCACCAGCAUUAAGAAUGCGUCAAAAACAAUGCAAAGAGUUGGUUCCCACCAGCAAUAGCAAUAAUGUGGUUUCUCUCAUUCGGCUUAUGGAAAUGUUGCUUAGUGAUGCAGUGGAAAAGGAGCCUACCAGUCCACACAUCCGCAAAUGGAUUAUGGGUUGUUUUGCUUUCGCCACGGUUUGGUCCAUUGGUGGAACCUGUGAUGGUGAUGGUCGGGUUCUGUUUGAUGCCUUUAUGAGGGAUAUUAUAGGAGGGAAGAUGGACAAACAUCCGAUGCCUGCAGCUGUGGGGAAAUGGGAACAUCCGUUUGAAGAGAGAGGCAUGGUGUAUGAUUUCAUGUUUGAGAUGAAAGGCAAGGGCCGUUGGAUGCAUUGGAAUGAAGCCAUUAAAAGCAUCAAUUAUAAUGAUAAAAAUCUUAAGGUUCAAGACAUUAUAGUCCCAACAAUGGACACAGUGAGAUAUACCUAUUUGAUGGAAUUGUGCAUUAAAUAUGGAAAACCGCUGCUUUUUGUGGGACCAACAGGUACUGGAAAAUCUGUAUAUGUGAAGGACAAGCUAAUGAACCAUAUAGAAAAGAGUCUCUACUUUCCAUUCUUUGUUAAUUUUUCUGCUCGAACCAGUGCUAACCAGACUCAGAACAUUAUCAUGGCCAGGCUCGACAAGAGACGGAAAGGAAUAUUUGGCCCACCUAUGGGAAAGAAGUGUAUCAUCUUUGUGGAUGAUAUGAAUAUGCCUACAUUAGAACAGUAUGGAGCACAGCCUCCUAUUGAACUUCUGAGACAGUUUUUUGACCAUGGAAUCUGGUAUGACCUAAAAGAUACAAAUAAAAUUGUAUUAGUUGAAAUACAAUUGAUGGCUGCCAUGGGCCCACCAGGUGGUGGAAGGAAUCCAGUCACACCUCGUUUUCUGAGACACUUCAACAUUUGCACAAUUAAUACCUUUAGUGAUGAAACAAUGGUCCGGAUUUUCUCUACUGUUGUAUCUUUCUACCUCAGAGCAAAUGAAUUUAUCCCAGAAUACUUCACAGUUGGAAACCAAAUUGUCAGUGGCACUAUGGAGGUAUAUAAGAAGGCCAUGGACAACCUGUUACCAACACCCGCUAAAUCCCAUUAUACAUUCAAUCUGCGUGACUUUGCACGAGUUAUCCUAGGCUGCUUGCUCAUCAAGAAGGAUUCAGUUGUAAACAAGCAUACAAUGGUGCGUCUUUUUGUACAUGAAGUAUUUCGAGUAUUUUAUGACCGUCUUGUGGAUGACACCGAUAGAGCUUGGCUGUUCAAACUAAUGAAGGAUAUUGUGAAAGAACAUUUCAAAGAAUCAUUUGAUGCAGUGUUUUCACAUCUGAGACAAGGAAAUGCACCAGUAACUGAGGAAGAUAUGAGAAAUCUGUUGUUUGGAGACUACAUGAAUCCAGAUCUUGAAGGAGAUGAAAGACUUUAUUUUGAAAUUCCAAGUGUACAAAUGUUUAGUGAUGUUGUGGAUUUGUGUUUGGAUGAAUAUAACCAAACUCAUAAAACAAGAAUGAACCUAGUAAUUUUCAGGUAUGUGCUAGAACAUUUGUCUCGCAUAUGCCGUGUGCUCAAGCAGUCAGGAGGUAAUGCCUUACUUGUUGGAAUGGGAGGAAGUGGGCGUCAGUCCAUGACUCGUUUAGCUACAUCUAUGGCAAAAAUGAAUAUAUUCCAACCAGAGAUCUCUAAGAGCUAUGGAAUGAAUGAGUGGAGGGACGAUCUGAAGACUCUUUUGAGGAGUGCAGGCAUGAAGGGCUUGAAGACUGUAUUUCUGAUCACAGACACACAAAUUAAGGAAGAAGGAUUUUUAGAAGAUGUUGAUAGUGUGCUUAACACUGGAGAAGUCCCCAACCUUUUUGCAGCUGAUGAAAAACAAGAGGUUAUGGAGGGUGUUCGUGCAGUAGCCCAGGCAGGCAGUAAGCAUGAAGAGCUCAGUCCCUUGGCUUUAUUUGCUUUCUUUGUGAACCGCUGCAAAGACAACUUGCAUGUUGUGGUAGCCUUCAGCCCAAUUGGAGAUGCUUUUCGCAACCGACUGAGACAGUUCCCAUCUCUCAUCAACUGCUGUACUAUUGACUGGUUCCAGCCAUGGCCUGAAGAUGCUCUUGAACGUGUGGCUAUUAAAUUUUUGGAAAGGCUUGAGCUCACAGACAAUGAACGUCAGGAAGCUGUUCCCAUCUGUAAACAUUUCCAUACUUCUGUGUUGUCCCUUUCUGAAAGAUUUUUGAACCAAUUGGGACGACAUAAUUACGUUACUCCUACCUCCUAUCUUGAACUUAUUGCUUCCUUCCAACAACUUUUGACUCAGAACCGAGAUAAUGUCAUGAAAGCAAAGAAAAGAUAUACUAAUGGCUUAGAUAAACUAGCUUUCGCUGAAUCUCAGGUUGGUGAAAUGAAGCAAGAAUUAGUUGAUUUGCAGCCUAAAUUGGAGCAGGCUAAAGUGGACAAUGCAAAUAUGAUGAAGAUAAUUGAGAAAGAGUCUGCAGAAGUUGAAGCAAAAAGCAAAACUGUAAAAAUAGAUGAAGAGCUUGCUACAGAAAAAGCAACAGAAGCCACAGCACUGAAGAAUGAAUGUGAAAGUGAUCUUGCAGAGGCCAUUCCAGCCCUAGAGGCAGCAUUGUCUGCACUUGAUACACUGAAGCCUUCAGAUAUUACAAUUGUGAAAUCAAUGAAGAAUCCACCAUCUGGUGUUAAACUUGUUAUGGCUGCCAUCUGUGUCAUGAAGGACAUAAAACCUGAAAAAGUUGCAGAUCCUUCAGGGAUUGGAGGAAAGAUUUUAGACUACUGGGGACCUAGCAAAAAACUUUUGGGUGACAUGAAUUUCUUAAGAGAUCUGAGAGAGUAUGACAAGGAUAACAUUCCAGUAUCUGUGAUGCAGAAGAUUCGUGCUGAAUAUCUGACUAAUCCUGAGUUUGAUCCCCCUAAAGUGGCUAAAGCAUCCUCAGCAGCAGAAGGUUUAUGUAAAUGGAUCAUGGCAAUGGAAGUUUAUGAUAGAGUUGCAAAGGUGGUUGCUCCUAAGAAAGCCCGAUUAGCAGAAGCACAACAGUCAUUGGCACAAACGAUGGCAUUACUUAAUCAGAAAAGAGCUGAACUUCAAGCUGUUGAAGACCGUUUGGAAGCAUUGCAACAAACCUUUGUUGAGAAAACUGAAGAAAAAGCUCGCCUAGAAUUUCAGGUGGACUUGUGUGCUAAAAAGCUGGAAAGAGCAGAAAAGCUUAUUGGAGGACUUGGUGGAGAAAAAUCAAGGUGGUCUAAUGCAGCAAAUGACCUUCAAAACACAUAUGAUAAUUUGACAGGAGAUGUCUUGAUAUCAGCAGGAGUGAUAGCUUAUCUGGGUGCUUUCACUUCGGGAUUUCGACAAGAGUGUGCAAAAGAUUGGAGCAAGCUGUGUAAAGAUAAAAAUAUACCUUGUUCUGAGAACUUCUCCUUGAGUAAAACACUUGGUGAUCCCAUAAAAAUUAGAGCCUGGAAUAUUGCAGGUCUUCCAACAGAUCAGUUUUCUAUAGACAAUGGUGUGAUUGUCAACAACUCUAGACGUUGGCCGUUAAUGAUUGAUCCCCAGGGUCAAGCAAAUAAAUGGAUAAAAAAUUCCGAAAAAGAGAACAGGCUGAGUGUAAUAAAAUUCACAGACACAGACUACAUGAGAAUUCUAGAAAACUGCAUUCAGUUUGGAACUCCACUUCUGCUUGAAAAUGUUGGAGAAGAAAUUGAUCCUUCACUGGAACCUCUGCUUCUUAAAUCAACUUUUAAACAAGGGGGCAUGGAUUGUAUUCGGCUUGGUGAAACAAUUAUUGAAUAUUCCUUUGAUUUCAAAUUUUAUAUUACCACCAAAUUAAGAAAUCCACAUUAUUUGCCUGAACUAGCUACCAAGGUUUCUUUACUCAACUUCAUGAUUACCCCAGAAGGACUUGAAGAUCAGCUUCUAGGCAUUGUUGUAGCAAAGGAAAGACCAGAAUUAGAGGAGGAACGGAAUGCUCUUAUUCUCCAGUCAGCCAGCAAUAAGAAACAACUAAAAGAUAUCGAAAAUAAGAUUUUAGAAACAUUGCAAUCUUCUGAAGGGAAUAUUUUAGAAGAUGAAAGUGCUAUUACGAUUUUGGACUCUGCCAAACUAAUGUCUAAUGAAAUUACAAAGAAACAGCAGAUUGCAGAAAAAACUGAAAUUAAAAUAGCACAGUCUCGAGAAGGCUACAGACCCAUUGCAAAACAUUCAUCUGUACUGUUCUUUAGUAUUGCUGAUUUGGCUAAUAUUGAUCCUAUGUACCAGUAUUCUCUCAGUUGGUUUGUAAAUCUUUACAUCAAUUCUAUUCAUGACAGCAACAAGUCUAAAAUCUUGGAAAAAAGGCUGCGAUACCUGAAUGACCAUUUCACAUACAACUUGUAUUGCAACGUUUGCCGUUCCCUGUUUGAGAAGGAUAAGCUGCUGUUUUCAUUUUUAUUGUGCUGUAAUCUUCUAAUGGCUAAGAAAGAAAUAGAGCACCAAGAAUUUAUGUUCUUAUUAACUGGAGGAGUUGGCCUCAAGAGCAAAUACAAGAAUCCAGAUCCAUCUUGGAUACAAGAUAAAAGCUGGGAUGAACUCUGCCGUGCAAGUGAUAUGACUGCUUUUAAAGGACUACGGAGUCAUAUAGCUGAAGAACUCAAAGAAUGGCGUAAAAUCUAUGACAGUAAAGAACCCCAAAAUGUUCCCUUACCAAAACCAUGGAAUACAAACCUGAAUGAAAUAAAGAAGAUGAUUGUUCUUCGAUGCCUGAGACCUGACAAGAUUUCACCUGCUAUAACCACCUUUGUGACUGACAAACUUGGAAAGAAAUUUGUUGAGCCACCACCAUUUGACCUAACAAAAAGCUACUUAGAUUCAAAUUCUACAAUCCCACUCAUCUUUGUUCUGUCUCCUGGAGCAGAUCCUAUGGCCAGUCUUCUGAAAUUUGCAAAUGACAAAAAUAUGAUUGGAAACAAGUUUCAGUCCAUAUCUCUGGGACAGGGACAAGGACCAAUAGCAGCAAAAAUGAUUAGAUCAGGAAUGGAGGAAGGGACUUGGGUUUGCUUACAAAACUGCCACCUUGCUGUCUCCUGGAUGCCAAUGUUGGAGAAAAUCUGUGAAGAGUUCAGUCCUGAAACUUGCAUUGGCACUUUCAGACUCUGGCUGACUAGUUAUCCAUCACCCAAGUUUCCAGUAACCAUUUUACAGAAUGGUGUUAAGAUGACAAAUGAGCCUCCUACAGGCCUUCGGUUAAACCUGCUUCAGUCCUACGUCUCCGAUCCUCUUUCUGAUCCUGCCUUUUUUGCUGGGUGCCCUGGAAAGGAACAGAGAUGGGAGAAACUGCUCUUUGGAGUUUGUUUUUUUCAUGCUCUUGUUCAGGAGAGGAAGAAAUUUGGACCUCUUGGGUGGAAUAUUCCAUAUGGAUUUAAUGAAUCAGACUUGCGAAUCAGUGUAAGACAGCUUCAGUUAUUUAUAAAUGAAUAUGAACAUGUUCCAUUUGAAGCAAUAACUUACCUUACGGGUGAAUGCAACUACGGAGGGCGAGUGACAGAUGAUUGGGACAGACGCCUACUACUAACUAUGCUUGCUGACUUUUACAAUCCAGAAAUAGUUGAAAAUCCUCAGUAUUUAUUUUCUCCUAGUGGCAAUUACUAUGCCCCACCGCGGGGUACCUAUGAUGAAUACAUUGAAUUUAUUAAGAAUCUCCCUUUCAGUCAGCAGCCAGAGGUGUUUGGAUUGCAUGAUAAUGUAGAUAUCUCAAAGGAUCUCCAGCAAACAAAAAUCCUCUUUGAAUCUCUGAUUCUGACACAAGGAGGAAGCCAUCAAGGAGGGUCUUCAGGUGGUGGUGACACUGCUUUGUAUGAAAUUGCAGAUGACAUCCUGAGCAAGCUUCCAAGUGAUUAUGAUAUUGAAGCUGCACUGCUCAAGUAUCCUGUGAGAUAUGAAGAAAGUAUGAACACUGUGCUAGUACAAGAAAUGGAGCGCUUUAACAAUUUAAUACGAACCAUACGUACAACUUUAGUGAACUUGAAGAAAGCCAUUAAGGGGUUGGUUGUGAUGGAUUCUGAACUGGAAGCCCUUUGUGGCAGUCUCCUCGUUGGAAAAGUUGCUGAGAACUGGGCUAAGCGUUCAUACCCAAGUCUGAAACCACUGGGAAGUUAUAUCCUUGAUUUCCUAGGAAGGCUGAAAUUCUUACAGGAAUGGUAUGAAUCUGGAAAGCCCUGUGUCUUUUGGCUGUCAGGGUUCUUCUUCACGCAAGCAUUUUUAACUGGAGCAAUGCAGAACUAUGCGCGAAAAUACACUGUUCCUAUUGAUCUACUUGGAUAUGAAUUUCAGGUUAUUCCUAAGGACACUUCUAAAGUUGCUCCAGAAGAUGGUGUUUAUAUUCAUGGAUUGUUUUUAGAUGGAGCUCGCUGGGACAGAAAGAAAGGACUUCUAGCUGAACAAUAUCCUAAAAUACUCUUUGACGCAAUGCCAAUUAUAUGGAUAAAGCCAGCAAAAAAAACAGCCAUAAAAAAAUCAAAUGCUUACGUGUGUCCACUCUACAAGACAAGUGAGCGUAAAGGAACCCUUUCAACCACUGGGCAUUCUACUAACUUUGUCAUUGCAUUAAUGCUGUUAACUGAUCAACCAGUCCAGCACUGGAUUAAGCGAGGGGUUGCUCUGCUUUGCCAGCUGGAUGACUAAUGCUGGAAAACUCAGAAUCAAAACAUGAAAAGAUGGGGAGAUUUCUUCCCCUAAGUGAAGAACUUUGUUACUGAUGUAGUUUGAUCAUUUGAACUUCUGAAUUGAUUGCAGUAUUUUGCAAUUAAAAAUUAAACAUGAUUGUUAUUCCUUUGUAAAGUUA